ACCUAAGCCCGUUUUAUCUAACCUGACCCGGCCUAAAUGUGGUUAUCGUAUAUAUAAAUGGAGGCUUCACCUUUACAGUCUCAUUCUUAUUGAGUCUUCACCGAUUCAACCGAUUUAUCUCUUGUGAAUACUCGUGUUUGUAAGUGAGGUAAGAAUGGCAACGACGGAACAACCUAAGGUAGUGACUGAAGAAGCUAAGAUUGAUCUGUUCGAAGAUGACGAUGAAUUUGAGGAGUUUGAUAUCAAUCGAGUGUGGGAUGGAAAGGAAGAAGGAAAAGAACUUGCUCAACAAUGGGAAGAUGAUUGGGAUGAUGAUGAUGUCAACGAUGACUUCUCUCUCCAGCUCAAGAAAGAGCUUGAAAACAAUGCUGACAAAAAAGCAUCAGGUAUGAGCCUUCAAAACGUCGUUACUGCCAAUGUGGACGAGCAACAACGGCGUCUUAACGAGAAGAACACCGCCCCGGCUCUCGUUAUGGGGCAUUCGGUCAUAACGACGACGAGCUGAUACAAGGAAUUUGAUUGGCUAAUCGUUUUUUGCCCGUUGGGGUUUGAAGCAAUAUAAAAAAAACUAAUUACUUUUUUUACCUAUAAAUUCAUAACAUCUACGUUUUUCAAUUCACACAAUUCCCC